GAUCUUGAAAGCAAAAUAAUCACAUUUCUGAAGAAUGAGCUGGAGAAGUUAAAGAAAAUAUUACAACAUGAGAACACACAACACUUUGUGAAGGACUUUAAUGAGAACAGAUCCAGUAUCAGAGAAGCAGCUCUUGAUCUCACACUACAUUACCUGAGAGAGAUGAAGCAAGAUGAAGCUGCUGAUGCUCUAGAAGGUGAGCUGGUCUUCAUUCAUCAGCUGAAAUGUGGCCUAAAGAAGAAGUAUCAAUGUGUGUUUGAAGGAAUGGCGAAGCAAGGUGACUCCACACUCCUGAAUAACAUCUACACAGAUCUCUACAUCACUCAGGGUGGCAGUGAACAGGUCAAUACUGAACAUGAGGUCAGACAGAUUGAAGUUGCUUCCAGACGUCAUGAAGCACAAGAGAUACAGGUUGAAUGCACACAUUUGUUUGAAGCGCCUGAACAAGAUGAGGAGAUCCGAACUGUACUGACAAAAGGAGUCGCUGGCAUCGGGAAAUCAGUCUCUGUGCAAAAGUUUGUUCUGGACUGGGCUGAAGGAAAAGAAAAUCAAGAUAUCAGCUUCAUAUUUCCUCUUCCAUUCAGAGAGAUGAACUUAAAGGAGAAAGAAAAACUAAGUUUGAUGGACCUUAUAACUCAGUUUUUCCCAGAGACAAAAGGACUGAGCCUUACAAGAAGGAAUCAGUUCAAAGUGCUGUUCAUCCUUGAUGGACUGGACGAAUGUCGCCUUCCUCUGAAGUUUGAUUGUAAUGAGACGAGGCGUGAUGUAUCAUCACCAGCCUCUCUGGAUGUUCUCCUAACGAACCUCAUGAAGGGAAAUCUGCUUCCUUCUGCUCUCGUCUGGAUCACCAGCAGACCAGCAGCUGCCAGUAAGAUUCCUCCUGACUGUAUCGACCGGCUGACAGAGAUACGAGGAUUCAGCGACGCACAAAAGCAAGAGUACUUCAAAAAAAGAUUCAAGGAUGAAAUUCAAGCCAACACAAUCAUAGAUCAUGUUAAACAAUCAAAGAGUCUCUUUAUCAUGUGCCACAUCCCAGUCUUCUGCUGGAUUUCAGCCACUGUUCUCCAGAACAUUCUGGAGGAGAAGAGAAAUAAUGAUGUGAGAAACACUCAGGCUGAUGAGAUCUCUAAAACACUGCAGGAAUCAAACACUGAAGACACUCCCAAGACUCUGACACAAAUGUACACACACUUUCUCCGCUUUCAGAUCCAGCAGAGCCGCCGGAAAUAUGAUGGAGAAUACACACCGGAUGUUUCCUGGGAUAAAGACGCCAUCCUUUCACUGGGGAAACUGGCAUUUCAUCAGCUGGAAAGAAACAACCUGAUCUUCUAUGACACAGACCUGGAAGCCUGUGGUCUUGACGUCUAUAAGGCAUCAGUGUACUCAGGCACGUGUACCCAGAUCUUUAAGGAGGAAACAGGGAUCGUUCUUGGUACCAUGUACUGCUUUGUUCACUUGAGCAUUCAAGAGUUUAUUGCAGCCCUUUAUGCACAUCUGUUUCUAGACAUCAACAAGACAAGUGUGUUUGAUAAUGAGUCUACAGAACAGGAAAACAGAAAUGAAACCAUGAUUGAUUUUCUCAAGACUGCAGUGGACAAGGCGCUGGAGAGUGACAAUGGACACCUGGACCUUUUCCUUCGAUUCCUUCUCGGUCUGUCACUCCAGUCCAAUCGACGACUCUUACGAGGUCUGUUGACACAGCGAGAUGACACUGACCAGAGCAACAAGGAAAUAGUUCAGUACAUCAAGCAGAAAUUAGCAGAUAAUCUUCCUGCAGAGAGAUCCAUCAAUCUGUUCUACUGUCUGAAUGAACUGAACGACCAAACUCUGGUGAACGAGAUUCAGACCCACCUUAGCAAAGGAAGUCUCUCAUCUGGUGACCUUUCACCUGCCCAGUGGUCUGCUUUAGUCUUUGUGGUGUUGACAUCAGAGGAAGAGCUGGAGGAGUUUGAGCUUCAGAAAUUCAAGAAAUCAGACGAGUGUCUCAUUAGAUUAUCGGCAGUCAUUAAAGCCUCCAGAAGAGCUCUGUAAGUCUUUAUAUAUUUUGUCAUGUUUUAC